AUGGCUGGGCGGUGGUCAACUCGUCUAUUGGCCCUGUCGAUGCUCCAAUUGGCAUAUGGCCUGCCAUCUCCGACCGCUUCAUCGACGACCUUCCAUCGCGCACUAACGUCGGCAUCUACCCCGAAGCCGACCAAAGCUCUGAAUCGCCGUGAGGAUUUUGAUGAUGAUGAUUUUGAUUCCACUAUAACGGCUUCCCCGAGUGUCUGUGGAUAUUUUGAUACAGAUUUGGACGGAAACAACAAGACCAGGAUCUGCCUCGAUGAUUACGACUGCGCCUGGCACACGGCCAACGGUAUUGCUGGGGGCAUGAUGGGGUGCUGUCCGCCAACCAACUACGCAGAUUGCACUUCUCUCUAUAGCACGUGCUACGAUAGGUCCCAACUUAGAGAGUCCACACAGCUCGAGUCAAUAUCCGACAAGUUUGCUUGGUCUUGCUCAGACAUCGAAAUGCCGGCCUGCGUCACUUGGACCUGGCCGGAAUUGGAAGUUAGUAGCUACGCGUGCGGUGCCACCGAGACCACUGAAACCUUAUACACCUGGGCAACGAUGCAAUACGAUGAUGAAAACGCGGAAAUUCUCGUUACUAAAGAGCCCUUGACUGUUUAUGAUGAGGUAUUUAUCACGAUUCCUGGGAGGCUAACAUCGGGCCGGACGAUGCCGGAGAGUUCUCAAUCCAGUUCGAGUUUACCAACCCGUCCACCAGCACCUAUAUACCCAUCAAGCGAUAGCUCGGACGACUCCGAUGAGUCUGGCUCCUCAGUAUCAAAAGGUGCAAUCGCUGGUGGUGUGGUUGGUGGUGUUUUUGGCGUAUGCGGCUUUGCAGCGGCCGGCUACAUGUUCUUCCUGAUCAGGAAACGCAAGCGGCAAGAGAAUAGCAAUGACCAAGGAGGGGCUGGCCAAGAGCUGUAUACUCCAGUCCCGGGAAAUGGCUCACCACCCGGUCAGGAAAGCCCCCCAUCAACCAACUUGGGCGCACCUUCAACAUUGGUAACGGAUGGCUCUGGGGACUAUGAAUCCAAGCUCAAUAUUUCCGAGGUCGAAGGCAGUGCGGUGACCGCUCCGGUUCAUGAGAUCGAUGGAAGACAAUACAUAUCUGAGCUGCCGGCUCAUGAAAAUGAAAUCCGCCCAACCCGAUGA